AUGAUUCGGUCGCGCCGCGUGGCCGCGACCCUGUCCGACGAGUCGGCAGCAGCGUCCGACGAGUCGGCGGCAUCCGGCGAAUCGGCGGCAUCCGACGAGGAUGCAUCCGGCGACGAGUCCGCUCCGCCACUGAGAGUGCAGCAGCAGCGCCUCGCUGCUGCAGCAGCACCCUAUGCCAGUGUCUCCGUAUUUCCCGAGGUAACCACCGCUCCCUUCCCGCGCAUCCCGCCACUCUCCUCGCUCGCCCGCUUCCCCUCCAUCUCCGAAACCCAAUCGCCUUCCGCGCAGAGCCCCGGCAGUCGCUCACUCGCCUCCGCGCGCGCAGACGCGCGCUCCCCCCGCAAUCCAGCGCAGUCCCGCUUUCAUCUAUCCGCGCAGCCCCAACACGGGCAGUGGCGGCCCCCGCUCCCAGCCGCCGCUCCUCCUCCGCCCGCUGGCGCAGCUCCAGGGUACGUCGGCAGCAGCGGCGACCGCGCUGUUCCUGCUGCGUAUCACCCUCUUGCGUUCAGUGAUACGCUGCAGGGUUCCGUGCCGCCCGCUGCUUCUACUGCUGCGGGUGCUGCUGCGGCUACGAGGAGCGACGGGAGUGUGGCAAGGCGUGUGAUGGAGUUGGAGCGAGCGGGAAUGGCUGAGAGGGCAGCACAGGAAAUGGUUGCACCUGCAGUAGCGGCAGCAGCUGCAGCAGCGGACAGAAGACCCGUUGUGCGAGCAGGAUGCGGUGAUGGUGGCUAUUGUGAUGGGGGAGGUGGGGAGGAUGGGGAGGAGGAGGAGGAUGAGGAGGAUGAGGAGUACGAGGCCCUUGAUUGCUCCUUUGCAGCAUGGGAGGGGCCACAGGCAGUGAAGCAGAUCACACCCGACAAGGGCAGGAACGUGUGGGAGGAGAGUGAGAGUGAGGCCCAAGCGGAGGACGAGCCUUCAUCCUUCACUUUCCAACCUGUUGUCAGCAGCACCGCCGUCCCUGCUGCUGCUGCUGCUGCUCCUGGCGCCGGUGGAAAGGCCGCAGGUGAGCCAGGGAGGGGCAGUGACGGCCGGGCAAUAUUAAAGGAAGAGAGGGGUUCGAGAGGAAGAGUCACAGCAGGGGGGAAGUUCACUGGUCGGGAACUGUCCCCGUUCCGCUCCUCGUAUGCUGGCCGGGAGACAUCGCAGUUCUACCCGUCUUCUCCUCCUCCUCCUCCUGCUGCUGCCCGUGCACGCGCUUCCCCACGUGCUGCUCACCUCCGGCCUUCCUCGCCUCUGCAUCGCUACCCUUCGGGUCUGGAUUUGGGCAGCGGCAGCUCCCCUUUACCCCCAUCUUCCACUCCUCCACCCUUCUCCUCCCCAGCUUUCACCUCACCCUUCCCCUCCCUCUCUCCCACCCUCUCUCCCACCCUCUCUCCCUCCCUCUCCAUCUCCCUAUCCCUCGCGCGUGCCUUGUCCUCAUGGGCCUUCAUGCGCACCACUGUCUCCUUGAUGUCUCGCACCAGCCACUCUGCUAGCUCGCGAGAGAAGUCCUCCCGCACACACGCUCGCAGCACCGUCACAUCCUGGCCACCGAGCGGGAGCGUAAAGGAGGAGAGGAGAUUAGCGACAUGCCCCUCCCUAUGCCCCUCCCCACGCCCCUCCCAACACCCUUCCCCAUGCCCCACGGCGCACAUGCAUGUUGGGCGGCAUCUGGUAGGAGGGCAGGAUCCACCCGUACCUCCUCAGGUCGAGGUUACUUGGGUGACUUGUGAGUCAGACUCAAAAGUCACCGCACGCCCCUCCUUCCCAUGUCCCGUGGCUCACAUGCAUGUUGGGCGGCAUCUGGUAGGAGGGCAGGAUCCACCCGUGCCUCCUCAGGUCGUCACUCAAACUCCCUCUCUGACAGGUGCACGUACGGGUUGCACGGGCAGAGCAAGAGGGCACAGUACCAGGGAACAUCAUGCAGGAAGAGGCAAGAGGGCAAGAGGAUAA